AUGUCGCCACAACCGGGUACUUCGAAACAACAGCAACCAAGAGGAGCUCGACGCCAAAUGUCGCCACAACCUGGUACUUCCAAACAACAGCAACCAAGAGGAGCUCGACGCCAUCUGUCGCCGCAACCUGGUACUUCUAAACAACAGCAACUAAGAGGAGCUCGACGCCAAAUGUCGCCACAACUGGGUACUGCUAAACAGCAACACCCAAGAGGAGCUCGACGCCAAAUGUCGCCACAACCAGGUACUUCGAAACAACAGCAACCAAGAGGAGCUCGACGCCAAAUGUCGCCACAACCUGGUACUUCCAAACAACAGCAACCAAGAGGAGCUCGACGCCAUCUGUCGCCACAACCUGGUACUUCCAGACAACAGCAACCAAGAGGAGCUCGACGCCAAAUGUCGCCACAACUGGGUACUGCUAAACAGCAACACCCAAGAGGAGCUCGACGCCAAAUGUCGCCACAACCAGGUACUUCGAAACAACAGCAACCAAGAGGAGCUCGACGCCAAAUGUCGCCACAACCUGGUACUUCCAAACAACAGCAACCAAGAGGAGCUCGACGCCAUCUGUCGCCACAACCUGGUACUUCCGAACAAAAGCAACCAAGAGGAGCUCGUCGCCAAAUGUCGCCACAACCAGGUACUUCCAAACAAGAGCAACCAAGAGGAGCUCGACGCCAAAUGUCGCCACAACCUGGUACUUCCAAACAACAGCAACCAAGAGGAGCUCGACGCCAUCUGUCGCCACAACCUAGUACUUCCAGACAACAGCAACCAAGAGGAGCUCGACGCCAAAUGUCGCCACAACCUGGUACUUCAAGACAACAGCAACGAAGUGGAGCUCGACGCCAAAUGUCGCCACAGCCUGGUACUUCCAAACAAGAGCAACCAAGAGGAGCUCGACGCCAAAUGUCACCACAACCUGGUACUUCCAAACAGCAGCGACCAAGAGGAGCUCGACGCCAACUGUUGCCACAGCUGGGUACUGCCAAACAGCAGCGGGUAUCGGAGUAUCAGGAAUUUGAUACACAGAGCAGUCCGGAGCCUGAAGAACCUCCUCCAGCAUAUGAAGCGCCACAGAACGAGAACGUACUUCCUGAGCGGCCAGAAACUGCUCAGAAGCCUCCAGAAAGUGCGCAUUCAGAACAAGAGCAAGAGUCGCAGCUGUCGAAGCUUCACACAGACAGGCUGUCGGAUAGCCCACGUUGGUGGCUAGAGAAGAAAGACCGCUUGACACGUGUUCGCUACUGGCGAGUUCUCACCCGUUUUUGCAACAUUCUUGCACCACGGCGACAAGUAACUCCACAGGCCGGCAAUGAUGAUCAUGGAGCGCAAGCUGCCCAGCAACAAGUAAUUGUACAACCCAACGCGGCUGCACCAGGACAACAAGUAGGCCCGCAGCUAGCAGCUGUAGAAGAAAUGGCUGCGCUACCAGGUCAAGGUGCAGCACAAGCCGUUGAUGGAGCUGAAGGUGGACCUGCUGCAGCUCUGCCGUGGAUGUAA